AUGGUCAAGUCAGGACUCAUUGCAGCUUUUGCUGCUUACGCACACGUUACUCAAGCUGCAUGUCCUUUUAUGGACAACGAUGCUCGUGAUGUGCCUGCCAGUCAUCCUCAGGUCAAACGGGCAGAUGGCUCCUACGACGUCCCAUCAAACACCAAUGAAUUCAUGUCACGGUUCGAAGUCAACGAUACCGGUGUUUACAUGACUUCCAACUCCGGAACACCCAUCGAAGAUCAAGAGAGCCUCAGCGCUGGUGAAAGGGGACCCACACUCUUGGAAGACUUCAUCUUCCGGGAAAAAAUCAUGCACUUCGACCACGAGAGAGUCCCAGAGCGCGCUGUCCACGCACGAGGAGCUGGCGCUCAUGGUGUCUUCACGUCCUAUGGUGAUUGGUCGAAUAUUACAGGCGCCUCAUUUCUGAGCACACCAGACAAAGAGACUCCUGUUUUCAUUCGAUUCUCGACUGUUGCUGGUAGCCGUGGCUCUGCCGAUACAGUGCGUGAUGUACACGGUUUCGCUGUUCGAUUCUAUACCGACGAGGGUAACUUUGAUGUUGUGGGCAAUAACAUCCCUGUAUUCUUUAUACAAGAUGCGAUUAAGUUCCCAGACCUGAUUCACGCAGUGAAGCCUAGGCCAGACAACGAGAUCCCGCAAGCAGCAACCGCCCACGAUAGUGCUUGGGACUUCUUCAGUCAACAGCCUUCUUCCCUGCACACUCUCUUCUGGGCCAUGAGCGGUCACGGUACAAUCCGGUCGUUCAGACACACCGAUGGCUGGGGAGUGCACACCUUCCGCUUCGUUACUGAUGAGGGCAAGACAAAGCUUGUCAAGUUUCGAUUCAGGACUUUGCAGGGUAAAGCGUCUCUCCUGUGGGAGGAAGCUCAGGUCACUGCAGGCAUGAAUGCCGACUUCAACCGACAGGAUCUGUUCGAUAGCAUCGAGAACGGCUUGUUCCCUGAGUGGGUCUUUGAGGCUCAGAUCAUGGAGGAAGAUGACCAGUUGCGAUGGGGUUUCGACCUUCUUGACCCCACCAAGAUCGUUCCUGAGGAUAUCGUUCCUUUCACACCUCUUGGCAAGCUAACGCUAAACCGCAAUCCUCGCAACUACUUUGCCGAGACCGAGCAAAUCAUGUACCAGGUCGGCCAUGUUGUUCGUGGUAUCGAUUUUACCGAGGACCCACUGCUGCAAGGUCGACUGUUCUCCUACCUCGAUACCCAGCUGAACCGCCACAAUGGUCCCAACUUUGAGCAGCUGCCCAUCAACCAGCCUCGCGUCCCUGUUCACAACAACCAGCGUGAUGGGGCUGGUCAGAUGUAUAUCCCACUGAACACCGCAGCGUACAGCCCUAACACUCUCAAUGCUGGAUCGCCCAAGCAAGCGACACAGAAGGAGGGCCGCGGUUUCUUCACCGCUCCUAAUCGCUCUACUGGAGGACGUCUUGUACGCGCUGUCUCGUCUACGUUCGCGGAUGUUUGGUCGCAGCCGAGAUUGUUCUUCAACUCUCUACUUCCCGUUGAGCAGCAAUUCGUUGUCAACGCUAUCCGCUUCGAGACUGCGCAACUCAAGAGCGAUGUCGUCAAGAAAAAUGUUCUGAUCCAGCUCAACCGUGUCAGUCAUGACGUCGCAGUCCGUGUCGCUGAGGCUAUCGGUAUGACCGCACCUGACGCCGAUGACACCUACUACCACGACAACACCACGACUGGUGUCAGUGUCUCCGAAGCGCCCCUGCUCAAGAUUGACGGCCUCAAAGUGGGCUUCUUGACUUCCAACUCAGCUAGCAGCGACACCGCUUCGAGCCUCAAGACAGCCCUCAAGGAGGUCAACGUUGGCUUCACCGUCGUUGCUGAGCAUCUCGGCGAAGGCAUUGAUCAGACUUACUCCGCAACUUCUGCUGUUCAGUUCGAUGCUAUUGUCGUGGAUGGUAGCGCCAGCACUCUCUUUGCGGCUCCUGGUAAUCUCGCCAACACCAACUCGACUGCCUCGAACACGACUUCGAGCUGGCGCUCAACUCUGUUCCCUGCUGGUCGACCCCUACAGAUUGUGCAGGAAGGCUACAAGUGGGGCAAGCCUGUUGGCGUAGUUGGCACUGGUAGCGAGGUGUUUUCCGCUGCCGGUGUUGAGGCCGGUACACCUGGUGUGUAUGCGUUCGGCACAAACGGCACGGCAUCGAUUGUGGACCAGUUGUCCGAGGGUCUGAAGACCUUUAAGUUCCUGGACCGAUACCCUCUGGAUAACUGA